AUGCACACCUGCGUGUCCAUCACCGUUUCGGCGCGAGCAUACAGCGCGCUUUACGUGUUCUCGCUGUGCUUCGCGUCCCAACACCUACAUGGCCAGGCUCAAUUCCUGCAGCGUGCUUCAACCACGCCAGCGCCCAGCAACGGAGGCUUAGGUAAGGAGGAGCAGCGAGCAAUCAACGAGCUGUUGACCGUCGUAGGCCUCAUUUGCUCUCCCAUCCUCUUGGGCCUGCUGGUGGGCCUUUUUAGGUAUCGAAGAACCCUCAUCCAGAUGUUGCCGGAGUUUCAUUCCAACAAGGUCACAGACAAGGAGCGGAAGUUUUUCAAAGCGGCGGAGACUCAGAAGGCCCGGGCCGAGGAACUGCGAACCGCCGCCGACCCCGUGGCCGAAGGUCCCGUGUUCCUCCCGGCGCAGCCCAAAAGGGAUUUGGGCCCUUUGAACGACGUGGAGGCAUUCUUCCGCGCUUCUUCGGCGGAGGAUGACGAUCGCAGUGUGUUCGCCCAUAGCUCCAAAGCAUCUGCCAGCACCGAGAGCUUGACGGGUCGCAAUGAGUUGGACGAGUCUAUUGGGAGCCGCCGGCAAGCGAGCAAGGCCAGCUCGAAAGACAGCAAGGCAGCCAUGAUCACCGGCUUGACCAGAUCGACGAGUGAUCUGUCAGAAGGUAGUUGUGAGCACGCUGCUGUACACCCAGAGCUCCAUCCGGAGGAAGGUGCCCCUCCUGUUCCGAGCCUGGGCAAGGACUUCUUGCGCCUGCCCGACGAGAGUGGUCGGGUGGGCCGCAAGCCAAGAAAUGGCAGCAAGCAGAGCACCGGCAGCCGCAAGGCCGCGUCUCGUUCUAGCAGCAAGAGCUCGGCCCGAAGUGGCAGCAAGGAGAAUCUGGGUGAAGGAGGAGAGGUCAAGAGAAAGAACCGUCGCUUGCUCACGAGCUGA